AUGUGGGCUUUCAUAAGCGGGACAUUUAUCUGGGAAUGUCUUCAUUCCUUGGAUGGAGGAUACACUCCAUUGUUACCUCUCAUUGCAUCGACCCUGAUUAUUUUCUUCUCAAUGGCCUUCUACACUAUAAAUGAAAACCAAACUCUAAUUACUGCAGUCAACAGACUAUGUGCACUUUAUUUCCCAUUUCAGUAUACGAAACUUUUUGGAAUCAAACCAACUAUGCUGAUUUUAUCAAUCCUUUGGGCAUGGAGACUUGGCGAAGUUAUAGUUCCUCUCUGCUUCAUUGACUUCUCAGUGAAUAAAUGUUAUGCGUACUUUUCUCCUGAUAAGCUUUCUUGGAUGGUAACAUCUUAUGAUUACUGUGCUGAUGUAUACAACAAUACUUUGUUGGUGGCUGUGAUAAUAUUUGGUUUAUCCACAGUUUUAAAUAUUGCAACGUUCUCCAAAGUAUUGUAUUUCUAUCGAGUAGGACUUUCCAAAAAUAAAAAUCGGACGGAUGUUGUUUCAAAACAAAAAGAAAGGAAGAAUAUUUUUCUGUUCUUCCAAACUAUUAUUCAAGAUUUGCUUUAUGUGAUUGACUUUUCUUUCACUUUUUAUUUCAAUACUCUCAUAGAUCAUAGAUUGUGGACAUUCUUAUCAGGUACUCUGAUAUGGCAGUUGAUACAUGCAUUGGAUGGAUUUAUUAUUGUUUUAUUUAGUGAUAAAAUGACAUUUAUCAAGAAGUGUUUUGUGAAAAAUUCGACGACUUCUGAAGUGCAAUCCAUUCAAAGAAUAGAAGGAAAACGACGCUCAAUAUCUGCAGCGAUGGCAACAAUUAACUGA